AUGGAGUCCCGAAUGGAUCAAUACGAAAUAAUGGAGCAGAUUGGCCGGGGAGCAUUUGGAGCAGCCAUACUUGUCAACCACAAGGUGGAGAAGAAAAGGUGAGACUGUUUCGAUUUUCAUGUUAGACUCAAAAUGUCUAGGCAGCUGUGCUUUGUUUCACAUUUUUAAAUGAUUCAUAUCAUAUCUUAUCACUUUCAUCUUUGACUUCAGGUACGUUUUGAAGAAAAUCCGGCUUGCAAGGCAAACAGAAAGAUGCAGGAGAUCUGCUCACCAAGAGGUAGAUCCAAUGGGCCCUGUCUUUUCAUCUGUAGUUUAUUGCUCUAAGCCGUUAUCUCUGCUCUUUUUUUUAACAGAUGGCUCUUAUUGCUCGGAUCCAACACCCUUUCAUCGUAGAGUACAAGGAAGCUUGGGUGGAAAAGGUAGGGGAUAUUGCCUAAAAAGCUAGGACGCAGCUAUUUUUCUUGUGACAUUUUGUUGAGAUUAUUUUUUGAGGAUCUUCCCCCAUUGGUUUCACAAUGCAGGGUUGUUAUGUCUGUAUAGUGACGGGGUAUUGCGAAGGUGGAGACAUGUAAGUGCUAUCCCACCACCUCUGUCUUUUUAGGACACUUAAUUCGCAGGCUACAUUUUCGUGAUAUGUUAUCUUGACUUCAUAGGGCUGAAAUGAUAAAGAGAUUGGGUGAAGGGGUUUUCCCAGAGGAGGUUUGGCCUUUGCUGUCCUCAUCUACUGUUUGAGAUGACUUUUUUCUCGGAAUACUCUGAUAUGCAUUGAAUGUUGGGAUUUGUUUAUGAUGUCUUUGUCUCUUUCAGAAACUUUUGAGGUGGUUUACACAGUUGCUGUUGGCCGUUGAGUAUCUGCAUUCCAACUUUGUCCUUCACCGGGACCUGAAGGUUUGCAGUACAAGUUGGAAGAGGAUAUGCCAUCCAUCUGACUAUUUAUCUCGCUUAUUAUGAUCGUCAUUGAAUUUUUUUUCUGUUGUAUUUUUCUCGCAGUGCUCCAAUAUAUUUCUGACAAAGGAACAAGAUGUUCGCCUCGGUUAGUUUUUUCUCAGUUGGUUGUGCUUGAACUUUCUCCUGCCAGGACUGUUUUCAUAGGAUUAUCUUUAUAUGCUUCUAUAAUGAUUAAAAUUUUAUUAACUUACAGGGGAUUUUGGACUUGCCAAAACCUUAAAAGCAGAUGACUUGGCUUCCUCUGUAAGUAUGGUGUUUUAUGCCCAAUUUUAGCCGUAAGUUUCAUUGGUGGUUCUCAACGAGCGAAAUUUGUUGGAGAAGCUGGACAAGAAAUCGGAAAUAUGUCGAUUCCUGUCUUAGCCCUACAUUCUUUUGUUUCUUGGAGAAGUAAGGAAGCAUAACAUAGGCUUUCAAAAAUAGAAAUGGAAAUACGUAAUUGGAACUCUUGUCAUCUAUGGAAAGUGAGACUAAUGUAUGCAUAUUUAGCAUAGAUAGAACAGAUUGAUUUGCCUUUACAGAACUUUGAGGUUUGUAAUCACCUUCUUGGUUCCAAAGUAGAUCACGCUUUGAGGAAAAAUAGAAUAACGGUAAAAGCGCAAGAAUAGUGGGUAAAAGCUCCCAAAUUUUUAAUCAGUGGACUGUCAAAUUUAUGGCUAUUGAAAUCUGCAACCACAAUAAUUCCCCCAAGAUCUGCGAACAUUCUGUUUAAUCCUUCUAAUUAUUUUGCAUCUGCUUUGCCAACCCAUAUCUGGAGUUUUCAAGUAGCUGACUCAAUCAAAUUGUAAUAGCCUGCGUUUUGGGUAGAUGAAUAUUCGCUCAAAUCAGCAGUGCCAGUGGCCUGAGUCUGAGGAUGCCGGGAUGAUUAGACAAAAGUGCAGUGACAUAAAAAACUCUGGAUAGACCCACCUGAAAGACUCUGGAUAGUCCAAAGAUGAACACUUUUCCUCACACUACUGGUACUCCUGGGGAGAGGUGUGGAGGGAUUGGAGCAUAUAGUUGACAGAAGGAGGGGAUGGAUUAGGUUUGUGAUAGAGGUAUGAUCGGUUGGGAUCUUGAGUUUCUUGGUAGCUGUCAGGCUGGGCUAGGCCUACCCUCUUUGUACUUCUGUGGUCGUCGAACCAUUGUUUAAAGCAGUUGAACCUUGCAGUCAAGUGAACCGGUCCAGCACAGGCCUGUCAGGCCCCAAGCUCAAAAACCGUCCCCUCAUAAUUUUUAGGGUUUUAUUUCUAUUAAUAUGCUUAAAAUCAAAUGUAUUUAUACUUAAACAGCAUGAUGCCACGGUGCUUUCUCAUAAACAGCUAUUUUCUGGUAUUUUUCGUGUUAUCAUUUCAGGUGGUAGGAACGCCUAAUUACAUGUGCCCAGAACUCCUUGCUGAUAUACCGUAUGGGUUCAAAUCAGAUAUUUGGUCUCUUGGUAAGAUGUGUCACAGCUGUCUUCUUGUCUACAGUGGUUGCUGCCGUGUGACGUUUUUACCCUAGGUUUUUCUGGUUUUAUAGGUUGUUGUAUGUACGAAAUGGCCGCUCACCGCCCAGCUUUUAAAGCCUUUGUAAGAUUCAUGCAUCCCUCCUUUACUUGACUGUUAUACUUCUUAUUUCGGCCCUCCCUUUGAAGUACUAGUCCUGUUGAUCCCGAACCGUCUAAGCUGCCUACAUCUUGUCCUUGGUAAUUCCAUUUAGUCUUGGGUUGUGGACUGUUGUAUAUCCCCAAUGAGAUCACCUAAUUCUUCAAACUUAAGCACGUUUGAGUUCGAUUUCUUUAAUAUCCUCCUAUGCUGGCGCUUCUAUUAUUGUGUAGGGUUCUCCACUGAUUUAUUUCGCUCUUGUGGAAUUACAUAUAAAUCUAGGAAAACUAUUUAACAAUAAACACAACAGAUAAAUAAUGCCCUUGUCUCUCACAUUUCUAGGGUAGUGGUCUGCAUCCUUCUGGCAGAAGCUACAUUUCAUUUUAUUUAUAAGUUUUAUCUUCGUUUCUUCUUUUAGGUAGACCACUCAUUAUUUUAAAAGUUCAAGUUAAUAAAUACCCCGCGGUAUAGAAAGUAAAUAUGAUUUGGCCGCAUCCCUGUUUCCCAGGAGAGACUGUGGGACUUGCAGAAUCGUUUGAGAUCUAUUUGAGUGCUCUGGGGAACCUUGGAUGAUAUUUAAAGUCUUCAAACUCCCUUGGGGUCCCAUGGUUAAAGAGAUAAAGAGCCAUUGAUUGAAUUGGUUCAAGUUCUUAAUCACAAUUCUCGGACAUCUGAUUGCAUCCCCGCUAUCCCCACAUUUCCUCUUUUCCUCAUCCACAACAAGCGUACAUAAUUUCAAAGCUAAUGGGUCUGCAAAUCCUCGAGUGACUAAUGAAAACUGUAUGUAUUAGCAGCCUCCUGUUACAUUUUUGACCGUGAACUGCGGAUCAUAUAUAGGACAAUGAUCUCUGAUUGAUAGUGACGACGGUGGAGAGAUGGCAAGAAAUCACAGACCAGUUUGGAGUGCUGAGCCUCUGAACGUUAACGCACUAUCACUUAGAGUUGGUUGUUGUAGAUUCAUCCAUUGAUGAAUGAUGGGAAAUACCAAUCUGGAAGAUUGCUGUUGCCCUUACUGCCUCUCCCAGCUCGGAGGAAGUCGAUAUUGGUCGAUGAGGCCAGUUAAUGAGUUUUCAUUUCCACUUACAUGACCCGUCAGCUAUCCUACAGUCUUUUCUCUAUCCCCCCCCCCGGCUUGUGUUAUAGCAGAGAUGAACCCUUGGGGUUCAUCGGACAGGAACCGGAUUGUGGCAUCGAAGUUUAUCAAACCGGGAACAUUUGGUUUUGAGACAAUGUUGCUGAGCAACUGUCCUUCACUGGCAUCUUUCUCCCCCACUUAUCAACACCAAGUGGCAAUUUGGACUUAAAUUUUUUAAAACUUUUCCACUCUCUUGGUCACUUUGGAAAAGCAGGGUAAACUAAUCAUACAAUAUUAUUGAGGCAGGACCUCUGGUAACUUCUGUUUUAGGUUUCUACUUCCCAGGGUUCAGAUUCCUAUAGAAUCUUCUAGUGCAGAUUUCAAAUCUAUUAUAACUGUGGCUUUAUGGAAUUUCAGGAUAUGGCUGGACUCAUAAGUAAGAUAAACCGCUCUGCUAUUGGUCCUCUGCCUGCAUGCUAUUCUUCCUCCUUGUGAGUAUGCUUGAUUCCCCAAGCUUCCUUCCAUGAGGUCGAAUGCAGCUUCCAGACGCAGAUUUAAGAUCGUCAAAGAACACUAUAAUUACCCUCUUUUUUUUUCAUGUUUAAGGUAUACCGAUUCUUGAUUAAUGUGCACCUGGCGCUUCUACCAUACCAUGUUAUUAUCAACUUUCUAAAUAUGUAAUUUGCUCGACUUUUCUGUCAGAGCAGGAUGACGUUGAAAUAAUUGCAUAAAUAGUCUUCACAACUGCUGCCGCACACAUAUCUAUCAUCCUUAAAAGAGUUGCCCAUCAGCUUUUCUGUUUAUUUUUAUUAUUAUUAAUGAAUAUUCCAUUCCAUACAGGAAAGCACUAAUCAAAACCAUGCUGAGAAAGAGCCCUGAGCAUCGACCAAGUGUAAGCUUUCUUUCAAACUGCAGCCCGCCUCUGUUUCCCAGUCAAUUAUCUAGAAUUCUCUGACAAUAUGGGUAUCCAAUAUUGACUAGGCAUCUGAAAUUCUAAGGCAUCCAUAUCUGCAACCGUAUGUCAGACAGUACACUUCCUCCGAACCUACUAGCGCGCGGUCACCACAGAAGCCUAUCUCCUCUCCAAUCAAUGGCCGAGAGAGGUUGUCAGAAAGCCAGAACAGUAGCGUCUCCAGCGGUGACAGGGACAGCUUGUUAUCUUCUGAGAGAAACAUGCCGCCAGCACCACCGAACUCUGAUCACCCGGGCGCAGCUGCUGAUACCGCUUCAACUGACGAUGGGCUUCCUUGCGAUCCCAGCUCUGUUUCUUCGCCGUCAGCAUGCCAGAACACCCCAAACUGGGAACGCAAACAUAUCAAAGUGGCUGAGCAGGACCCGUCGAAGAAAUCUUGCCCAGUCCAAGCUCAUGAAGUCGAGAUCAAGCAGCCGAGAUCCAUUAAGAAUAUAUUAAUGGCAAUGAAAGAGGAGGGUAAGGCCAGAGGAAAUAGCUCGCCUCUGAGGAACAAUCCCUCAAAGCCUGAAGUCGACGGUCACAAGACCAAUGCCAGACUGCAACCAAAGGUCUCGGAGCCCACCAUAAGUUCUGGCUCUUCGAGCUCAAAGUCCAACUCAGACGCGUCGUCCUCUGCCCCAGCCAACACCCCCAAGGGGGCCCUACACCCAUUGAAGCAUCUGGUGAGAGGAGCAUACCCCACCUUGAGAUUCCUCUUCCUCUCACUCACACACGACACACGGUGCGCUCAUCUUCUUGAAUCUUAUCUUGCAGCUGCCGGCAGUGGAGUCCUUUCCGAAAACCAAGGCUAGGCUCGAGGGGGCCACCGCCCUCUCUGAUACUGCCAAGCCAUCGCAGGAAGACUCCACGCCUGACAGGACCAGUCAGAGGCCCCCGCACGCCAGUCUGCUGAAACGGCCGCCAUUUCCUUCCCCAAAACCCGCCACCCAUGACAUCCCCAGGCCCUCAGGCAGUGUUACCAAGAUACUACAAAGAAAGCUGAGCCAAGAGCGCGAGAAGACACCCAACAGAAGGAUAAGCCAUGACCCUUUUGCUCGAGAGCAUGAGAAACCUCCUAGAAAGCCUCUAAGCGAAGACCAUGCGAAGAUCCCAAAGGGAGACGCAACAGAAGAACCCGCCAUGAACCAGAAGAUUCUUCAGGCGAACGUAGGCUCCACUCUCAGGUGGAAGGCUUCUGAAAACCGCGCGACUCAAGAGCUCUUCAAAGUCCCCCCCAACACGAAGAAAUCCCAUGAGCCUGAGAGUGAGGAGCCCGAGAAGGUUCCACCCAAGAACACUCUGACGGAGGAACAUCAAAGUCCGUCUCCCUUUGAUAAGAUAAACCAUCUGCCGGAGAAGGCUCCGACUCCGGCUCCGGCUCCGCCGAAGAAGAUCGACACCGCAGAUGGGCAGGAGGCAGCGGGUCUCAUCCAGGUCCCGGAGGAGGACCCUCAAGAUUCAGGGCAUGCUGUUCAACUGGGUUGCUCCUCAGAUUCGAGCUCCACAACGGAACAUGUUGGCAGCUUUGAACAGAUCGAGUCUGUUCCCCGUCAGCGAACAGAAGCUUUCGAGGGGCAGUGCCGCAGUUCUGCGGCGGAGGAGGACCACUCCGUGUAUGCGGAUCCGAAGCAGAGCCUCGCCGGCGGCGAAGAAUUGAGCUCGGCCUCGGCUAUGGAGCUCUCCUUCCCGGGCUCCGAGCAGGAGUUCAUCUGCAAGGACGACGUCUCCAUGGACGGAGCAGAGGCUGGCCACCGGGGAGAAGACAAGUUCACAGUCCGAGAACUGCUCUCAUCGAUGGCGGACUCCUCCUCGCCGUUAGGCUCGAAGAUAUCGCUGCCAGAGAAGCCGCCGGCGUCUCACCUGCCGCCGGCAUUCGACGACGUCAUCCACGUCAUACGCCACAGCAGCUUCCGCGUCGGCAGCGAGCCGCCGCAGAAAGGCGGCGUGGGGAAGCUGCUCAACGCGGAGAUGAUAAAAAAUCCCCCGCCGGCGGCCUCGCCGGAGCUCGCCGCCGGUAAGUGUCCGGCCUCCGACAAGGAGAAUUCCGCUGGCCCCGACGCCGUAAUACAGCAACCGGAGAACCCUGUAGCUCCCACCGCUAAGGAAACCCUCGACGUGAAGUCCUUCAGGCAGCGAGCUGAGGCCUUGGAAGGGCUGCUGGAGCUCUCGGCGGAGCUCCUGCAGGAGAGCAGGCUGGAAGAGCUCGCGGUGGUCCUGAAGCCCUUCGGCAAGGACAAGGUCUCUCCGAGGGAGACGGCGAUCUGGCUGGCGAAGAGCCUCAAGGGCAUGAAGGUCGACGAUCCCCACAGGCCGGCCUGA